AUGAUCCCGACGCGGGACAUCGGCACCCGCUACAAUGGCCUCGCGACCGUCCCCACGUUCGGUUUGCACGUGCCGCCGUCGGAUGAGGGCAAAGGUGACCUGCGCAAGAUGUUGAACGAGGUGAAGCACCUCUACUUCGACCGUCGCUACCGGCAGUGCGCUUCCAAAUGCCUGGAACUUCUUGACAAGAAUUGUUCGGAUCAUCACCCUCUGGUCCGCACUUUCCUUUACUUCUACGCCGCCCUGUCGUACGACUCCCUGGCGCGGUCAAUGCACAAUCAUUCAGUGGCGCGCGUGCCUUCUCUCCAGCAGUCUGAAGAGUUCUACAACAAGGCGCUUGCCACGCUGCCGGAGCCUCUACCCAUUCAACAAGACGAGAACCGCCCGCAGUCGCCGCCGAAACUGUCCCUCAGCCUGCCAGCCCAGGAUGACCAGCCUAAAGGCAGGCAGCCCGUACCCAGCAUGUGGGACCUCACUUCAACCUUCGAUGCAUUCGACCUGUCGUCUUCGGCCUCGAGGCGUCACUCUUUCAACAGUUCGAAGCACUCUCGGACGGACUCGCUCGUGACCGACGUCUCGUGGGCUGAAGAUAUCCACUCCGACCCCUUCACCGACGACAAACGUGACCACAAGCCGGAGAACAACUACCUCUCCGUCGAGCCGCCAAGCAUCAAGCGCCCAUCGCCGCUCCAAGUUCGCAAGGCCAGGUCCAGCGACUCGCUGCUCUCCGAAAAGAGCGCUCACACGGACUCGCCAGCGCAGACGCCCAGCCGCAACAACAAGAAAAACAACAACGGCCUCGACACCGCCUUCCAGUUCCCGCCCCCGGAGACGCCCCCUCCUCAGACGCCCCCGCCGCAGACGCACGGCUUCGUGGACAUGGUCGAAGGCACGCCCAUCCAAUGGGCGACGACGCCUCGCUCCUCGCAGCAGCAGCGACAGCGCCAGCUAAGCGACUACGACGACACCGACGAUGACGAGGACCACGACGCCGCCGCCGCCGCCAACAGGAACAACACGCACGGCAACGACGCGGACCCGACCACUCCCACGCCCGCACGUGUCGCCGCCCGCACGCCCCUCGAGCGCACGCAUCCCUGCCCGUGCCUGCUCUUCCCCCGCGACCUCUCCAGCACCAGCCUGCUGCCGCUGCCGCUCGCCGCCCGCAUCCAGCACUACAACGGCGACCUGUCCGCGUUCCGCGCCCAGCUCGUCUCGCACCUGCUCGCCAUCCAGCUGCUCAAGGCCGGCGGCUCCCACAGCCCGGCCUCCAGCCGCUCCGUGUCGGGUUCGUCCACGUCUACGUCCACGGCGACGGCUGCUUCUCCUUCUAAUUCCGCGUGGUCCGAAGCCACGGCCACGAACUCGGGCGGUGCGGUCGAGGAGAACAGGCGACGCAGCGGCGUCUUCGCGCCCGCACUGUCGUUGUCGACUGACGCGACAACCGCUACGCACGGCGGUGGCGACGGCGGCGACGCUGCUGCUGCUUCUUCCCCUACCGUCUCGAACAGCCGCGGCAUGACUCCCGGCCAGAAGGAGGACCGCAUCCGCGAGGGCAGGAAGAGGAUGUGGGCGCGGGAGCGCUUCGACCCGAGCGGCUGCCGCGAGCUGGCUAGGCUGGCGUUGCAGGAGUGCGAGGCGUGA